UCUAUGUUAUACUGUCAAUGCCAAAAACAUGUGCUUGUCAAAUUAAAAUUUCUUGAAUCAAAAAAAUAUUGAAUUUAUAAGAUAAACAAUUGUUAUUUAGUGUUUAAUUAUAUCUAUAAUUAAAUAUGGGUCGCAAAAUUCCGGCUAAAAAACAUCGUGGUGUCAAAGAUCCCCUGGAGCAAAAUGCACGACGUUUACAAAUAUUAAAGACGAAGAUCAAUGCACCUCCAAAGGACCCGGAUGACCAGCCAGUGCCGCGUUCUCUCAUCAAUCUGUUCGCGUUUCGUGACAAAGACAAAAAACAAACUGGCAAUAAAAAGAAGCGCAAACACCAUGUCAGUGUUACAGAUGAUGGAAAUAAAAAAAGUCUAGCCCAUAAUCCAGUCGCUAGGCUGCGCAAGUUGCCAGGAGAGUCAGGACGUGACUUUACUCUUCGCAUCAACGGUGCCAUUAGAGCACUGCACAAUGCAGCUGAACCACAGCACUAUCCUCAAGAUUUAGAGGAGGAUGAUGUAAAAGGCGAACGCAUGGCGGCGCAGCGCGAGCGCCGCGAAAGAAAGCGGAAGCGCGCCGCCGCCGCCCGCGCCGGUCCCGCCGCCGCCGCCGCGCCGCCGCCGCUGUCACGGGCACAGCGGCUCGCGCUCAAGAAGAAGGAAAAGAAGUUACGUGCUCUAGAUGCGGACGCGCCGCAGUACGAGCGCGUGCCGUUCGGGGAGGCGGCCGCCGCGCCGCCCGCGCUGCCGCGCCCGCGCCGCGCCGCCGCCGCCGCGCCCAGGCCGGGACAACGAGAUCUGCUGCUAAAGCAGCUGCUGCACAACAAGCCGUCCGUAGCGGAGGGCGAGGGGGAGGUGAAGCAGCAGAAGCACCGUCCACUGGCGGAAGCUGAACGGAUGAGGCGCGAGCGGGCGCGUCUCGAGGCCGUCGCGGCAUAUCGCGCUCUUAAAAUAAAACCUAAUAAACAAAAAUGAAACCUA